AUGUGGGCAUCCGCACCAUUACCCAUCUACUCCACCACCCAUAACUUCAAAAAGGCAGCUCGGCGGGCUACCGUCGAUAACGACAGCUCGAAGCAGGAUGUCUCCUCAUCAACGUCCCGCCCGAGCACCCGGUCCCGUCCUGACCCUCAGAGCUCCAAGGACAUCAUGUUUGAGCCAGCUGUAGACGGCCCGCCUUCGCCCGAACGAAUCCGUGCUUUCAGUAAACACGUCAAGAGGGUCUCGGCUUUGGAAUCAACCUCUUCAGUUGCAGCUCGUCCUCCCACCACGGAUCGCCCCUCGUGGGAAAACACGCUUGAGCACAUCACCUUGUCCAGGCGUUCUUCCGGCCGGUCGACAUCGAGCAGCAUGCCAUCACGCGAACGACCAGAGAGUGUGCAAUUGUUCGGAAAGACCAUCUUCAACCGAAAAGUCAGGAUGAGGGCAGAGAGCAAUGCCAACAGUUCUUCCGGGAGCUCACUCUAUUCGACGGAUCAACCCCUGGAUAGCAACCCCAUACCUCCGCCCAAAGAGCAGCUUAUCCCCGGUCUGUUUGGGCGGCGCAAGAUUCCGAAGACGGACCCUACUUCUGCAGACCGUCCGGCCUCUAGCAGUGGUAACAAGAAACUGCUCAUCUCUGGUCCCUACAACUUUCAGCACGUCACACAUACGCGGCGAGAACACGUGCCUCAAGCACAACGUGAAAGUCGCGCGGACUUCUCGGCUGCUCGUCCACCAAGACCGCCCCCAGCUGCUCCGCUGCUGGGCAUAGAAGGCGACAGUCUUCAUUUCUCCAACUUUUCCUCUGAGGCCCUGGCCAUACGCGAAGAUGCCGUCCCCGCCCCUUCAACGACAAGCGCCAAGCAUGGUCUCACCACGCCGCCUUAUGAAGCGGCUCCCGAAGACACCAUCCCGCCUAUCCCGCCUCCUCGUAUCUCUAGCAGGACGUCGACCCGUUACGACGCGACCGAUUCUUUGAUCGCUGGCUCGUGGGACCGAACACUCACCGGCGGUGGGUUCCGCCAGCCGAAGCCUUUCCCUCUGCCUGCUGAGAGUGAUACGCUUCCCACAACAGCCGGCGAGCUCCUUGCUGCGCGAUCUGCAGAGCUCGAAUCGCCGUCAAGCCCAACGUUCCCACACGCUAUCACGACGCCCGAUGAUGCCGCGUGGCCCCUGACAACUUCGAGCACCACUUUUGCGUAUGAGACUGGUCUGGCUGACGUUCCGGAGGAGGAUGAGCAGCAUGUAGCAUCACGGCGAUCGCGUCUCAGCUUGGCAAGCAACAACUCCUCCCUGCGCGGAAGUCAUUCAGUUCCAAUGCUGCGCCUGUCAGCACAGCUUCAAGCAGCACAACUCCAGUCGAAAGAUCCUCAUCGGCCCAUGAGCGGUGCUUCCGAUACGCUGGGACGAUUCGACAUGAUAGCUGCCCAGCGCGCUCUGAAGGCAGCAUUGCAUGAGACGAACGAGGUUGAGAUCUUGCCUCGUGAAAGCUGGGAAGAUGACAUUGACUAUUGUUACGAUCACGAGGCUGAAGCUGACUUUGAGUACGCUUGGGAUCGGCCAUCGCUCGACGGUGACAGGGCUGAGGAGGAUCAUUCUGUGGAUCUGGACGCGACAGCGACGACGGCUUCCUACAGCUUCUGCGUUGACGAGGAUAUCGAGGGUGUUCAGCCAUUGUCUGUUGGGCUUCAACCUGUGCCUGCCCGGCACUUUGACAUUCCGGCCCUCAGCCCUGUUAGCCAAGCAUCGACAGCCACCGGCCACGAGGCCAUCACGCCGACAGUUCCGUUGAUGCCAACAACCUUCAAGGAAUCCCAUGGCUUUAACCUCUCGCCAUCCCUCUUGAUCCCAGGCGAUUUCCAGCAGCAGAUGGUAAUGGCAGAGUCUCGUGUCGACGAGUACUCUGACGAGAUGCUCUCUGGGGCAGCUCGUUUCUCUUAUGGCACGGAUGCCCCUGUGGCGUUGAGCACCUCCGGCCUCGACGAGCGCCACAUCUCAGCAGACUCCAACUUGACUGCCUUGACUCGUUAUACCAGUGGCACUGCCUUUGAGGCGUGGAAUCCCAAGGCUUUAGAUACCGUCGAUCCUGCUUCCCUGGAAUAUGACGAAGUCCCACCCCUGGCAUCACCAAAGAGCCCGAAGAGCCCAUGGUCAGAUGGUGGCGAUGUCAUGUCCCGCUCCAUGGGGGAUAUACGGGACGAGGAGAGGCGUAUCGCAGCUAGUGCAGGGCGUGAAAGUGUGCAGUCCACCAGAAACAAAGAAACAUACAGACACAGGCGUCAGAGGGCACACACCACGAGUCUGAGCACCCCGGCUGGUGGCUAUGCUCUUUUCCCGCCUGCUUACGCUGGCAACCGGAUCUGA